GGAGCGACCGAAAAAAAGCCACUCGGACGCCGAUCACUGCGACUCUGAGCGCCGCCGGCUGCGCAGCGGCUCCGUCCUCUCGGAUCUACACGGGAUAAAACGCAACCGGGCGAUUACCGGAAGACAACGGAGGGAGAUUAUAGAUUCUCCCGGGUAAAAAAUUAAAGAACGGAUCGGGUUUUCCUGUCUUCUUUUUAAACGGAACGUAGAGGCGGAAGAGGGCAGUACAUUUAAACGAAGGGAAACCCAUCGGAGGAAAAGGAAAAUAACAGCGUUAAAAACAUCUACAGCCCCCGUCGUCACGAAGUGGUGAAAAAGGACGAAAUUGCAUCGCCGGGUGCCGGCGGACGACACCAAAAGUGGGAAAAAUUGCAGGAACUGUGCAGAAGAAGGGAGAAAUUUAAAAGGGAUGAACGCGCAGGGGGGCUCACAGCAUCACAAAGCUUACGAAAGGGGUUUGAGGACCCCCAGAUUUUGGGGGGUGCAGCUGGCAAUAUCACCAGGAUCGGCAGAUGCUUCGGACCCAACGUAUUAUUGAAGCCCAACUCGAUUCGGUUUAAUCUAUCUCCGACCCACCGCUGUUUCCAUUUCUUAUUGCAGCUUUCCUCGAUGCACUGCAAACCCUCCGUGCAGUGACAAGAAAUUCUGAUUUACUUGAUUUGUCAGUGCAUUGAAAUACACGCAUAUACAUUGAGCAUCGGUCUACAACUUAACUUGAUUUUCAUUCUUUGGUUUGUGCGCACACAAACUGCACAAUUGCAAGGGAACGUCUUGCACUUGCGGACCAUUUAAUAUCCACUUUUAAAAUCAUUUACUUUGCAUGCACGAGCGUCUGUGCGCAGUGCGGGGUGGUCGUGUUCUCUCGAGGCAAUGGUCAGAGGUUUUCUGCAAACAGUUUUAACCCCCCCGAGCUCGUGCACUGGACACAUUCACACAGAGGGCGCACGAGUCAGAUUGAGAUACGCGUGCACGAACGCAAUAAACUAACUUGUCACCUUUGAAGUGGUUGCAAUAUAUUGAGGCCGCUGGACACUCCUGGUGAAAUAUGCAAGUUGUUCGUAAUACUAUAAAGUGUCGACUCGUGCAUGCAAACUGAAGCCAUUUAGCUCUAUGUGCACAUCUGCAUCCUUGUUAUUUAGAGUUGCAUGGGAUCUACGUUUGGACUAUUUAAACGACGAAGGGAUACACUAAUGUUACCCGGGAUACGAUCGCAAAUUCUCAAUUAUCGAGUAUUUGUCUAUUUUAUCUUCGUCAUUUGGAGGAAAUACAUGUUAAGGAAGAAUCUCAUACAUCCGUGUCAAUUUUAAGUGGCCUAAUGGACUUUAAAAUUCCCUUCCUCCACGUAAAAGUGAUGCCGGGUGAGAAUCGCAAGCACUACAAUGCACACCCGGACCAAAGAGAGGAAUAAUUUGGAGUCUUUGUGUUUUCCCAUAAACAUCGCACGAAGCCGAACAUACACAGCGGAGUGACUUUGGGUCGCUUUUCCCCAUCACGUUUCCUAUCUCUCGUACACAACGCCUUAAAAAUCCAACACUUCGGUUCGCCGCCGACAAUGGCGGAAAAGACGGACGCAAGCAGCGAGGAUAAAUCUCGGGAAAACUGCUCAGUCGCCGACGAGGCUACGUGAGUUUGCGCGACCGUCUGUUCCUCCCUUCGGAAACAUACUUUGAGGAACUAACGAGAAAAGGGGGACUUUAUAUCGAAUCGGAGGACAAAGUAUUUUGUGGACAACUCUUGUAUUGCAUCGCAUGCAUGCAUCGUCCCGUGAGAGGUAAACGGGAAUCCGUCCGGAGCUCGUGAACAAGGGACUUCGAUUGAACAUCGACUCGAGACUCCACGGGAAGGGCUGUCCUUCGCGGGAUAUAUGCUCAAGCGUUAAAUUGGAAGGAAACUAUGGCCGAUAAUGUGCUGGACUCCGGUCCGCCUUCAUCAAAGAGGCCUAAAUUGUCUUCCCCUGCACUGUCGGUCUCCGCGAGCGAUGGAAAUGAUUUUGGCUCUCUGUUUGACCUGGAACAUGACCUCCCUGAUGAACUCAUCAACUCGUCUGACUUUGGCCUUUCUAAUGGUGUGGACUCCGGACACUUGCACACCAGUCUGGGUGGAGCGGGGGCAUUGGGACCUCUGGGUGGCUCAGGCCAGGACACUGCUGCCAAACACAAGCACCUCUCUGAACUGCUCCGCCCUGGCGCCCCUCAGUCUGCCUCUGCCGCUACGGGCAGCCCGGGAAACCCAGCCUCCAUGGGGAUGAUGGGAGGCCUGGGUGGCAACCCCAUUGCACAGGGUUUGGGUGGCCCUCAGCAGCAGCAGUCCGGCAUGAUGCCACAAUCUGGCAUGGUGGCUGGACUGAACCGGGGAAUGAUGGGAGUCCAUAAAGGGAACGGACAGCCGCAAAGCAUGAUGGGAGGGCAGGUGAUGAACGGUGCGCCUAGAAUGCGCUACGGCAAUGUGAACAUGAACGCGGGUGUUGCUGGUAACGGAAACAUGUUGCCGGAUACCCUGCACCAGCAAAAUGCAGGGCAGCAGAUGGCACAGACGGCUGUAAGGCCACAGCAACCAGGAGCUGUGAAUAAGAUGGGAAUGAUGGGUUCCCCAGGCGCCUACGGUGGUUCAUAUGGUCAGUGUGGAGGACAGUCCAUGGGGCUCCAAAAUAAAGCAGCUCAACCCAACAGCAUUAACCAGUUCAGCAUGGACAAGAAACCUCAGCAUGGGCAGAACAUGGGUGCCAUGCAGAGCCCAGGUGUGGUGGGCUGCGUAUCCGGGCCAGCUGGGGCAGCGGCGCCUCCUGCAGCGGACCCCGAGAAACGCAAACUCAUUCAACAGCAACUGGUGCUGUUACUGCACGCUCACAAGUGCCAUCGCAGGGAGCAGGCCAACGGAGAGGUGCGCCAGUGCAACCUGCCCCACUGCAGAACCAUGAAGAACGUCCUCAACCACAUGACGCACUGUCAGGCCGGCAAAUCCUGCCAAGUUGCUCACUGCGCCUCCUCCAGGCAGAUCAUCUCUCACUGGAAAAACUGCACGAGACACGACUGUCCUGUGUGUUUGCCGCUUAAGAGCGCCGGGGACAAAAGAAACCAGCAAUCUCUGUUGGGAGGAGCUGGUAUGGGUAUGAGUGGUCCAUUAGGGGGGUCUUUACCUGGUGGCCAGCCUUCAACCCCAAACCUAAACCCGCCCAGUCAGAUUGACCCGAGCUCCAUUGAAAGGGCUUACGCUGCCCUCGGGCUCACCUACCAGGGCAAUCAAGCAGCCAAUCAGAAUCAACAGACGCCUGUCCCCACCCAACCUGGCAUGAGGCCGCUCAACAACAUGGCAGGUGGAAACCCAAUGGGAGUAAAUGGUGGAGUCGGACCCCAGAUGACGAACCAGCAUUCCGGAAUGCUUCCAGACAGCCUGCUGCACCGAAACAUGACAGCUCAGAGUCUGAUGAAUGAAACUUCAGGUAUUGGUAAUAUGGGGUCCACAGCAACAGCCGCGCCUCCCUCUGCAGGAAUGAGGAAAAGCUGGCAUGAAGACAUCACGCAAGACCUACGGAAUCACCUGGUGCACAAACUAGUGCAGGCUAUCUUCCCCACUCCAGAUCCCGCGGCACUGAAGGAUCGACGGAUGGAUAACCUUGUAGCUUAUGCGCGAAAAGUAGAGGGCGAUAUGUAUGAAUCUGCCAACAGCAGGGCCGAGUAUUACCACUUGUUAGCGGAGAAGAUUUAUAAGAUCCAGAAAGAACUGGAGGAGAAGAGGAGAACAAGGCUGCAGAAACAGGGCAUGAUGCCUACUCAGCCUGGCAUGCCAAACAGUGCGCUACCUCAAGCACCGACCGGCAUGAAUCAGACGCAGCCACCCAAUGGACCCCAUUCAGAUCCGUCCCUUGGCCAACCAACAGGACCCACCCAGAUGGUGAACAGAAUGCAGAAUCCUGCUGGAAUGAAUCAGUUUGCUCAGGUGGGAAUGCCGCAGUCAAUGGGUCAAAGGGCAACGCCACCUCUUCCAAUGGGAGCAAACCUCAAUCAGAUGAGUAUGCAGGGAGCACCUCGAAUGGCUCAGCCCAACGUAAACCAUCUACAAAACCAGUACAUGCAGAACCAGUUUUCGGCUACGGGUCCUGGACUGGGCAAGGGUACGGUCGGCCUAAACCAACCUACAGGGCAGGCGACCAUGUCACAGUCUCAGAAUCAGAUGUCAACUCCGCCGUCGCUGGCUGUCAGAAGUCCUGUAGCUCCGUCCCAGCCAGCAUUAUCGGGCUCUGGAACCGCCACCGGCCCCCAGGGUCCUCCGUCCAGCCUAUCCCUACCUUCUCAACAGCCCGGCUUGCAUGCACACUGUUCUCCCUUACGUCAGAACUCCCCUUCUCCCGCACGCAGCCUCACCCCCACCCCUGCCCCGCAUCAAACGCCCCCGCAUUUGCCGGGUAACCAGACCCCUCAACCCCACACCCCUAAUUCUACAACCACUAUGGCCCCACCGGCAACGCAGCUGCCCCCAGUGGCACAAGGGGUGGGCUCGGAAAAAGGCAGUCAGUUACAGCAGCAGGCACAUGGGGGCGGAGCUCCCGGAGGCCCCCAUACAGGGCAUGCAUCAUCUGUGCCUUCCCAGAAUGCCCACGGGCUUUGUGCACACCCACACACUCCUCUAUCUCAGAAAUCGUCUCUUACUGCCGACGGACAGGCAUCAUCCCCUGCUUCAGUCAGCAGUGCAGAUCCCAGCUCGCAACUGACAUCAUCCGAGCCCAAAACUGACCCCAAAACUGAGGUCAAACAGGAAGAAGAGGAUGAGAAUGAGAUGGAGGAUAAAGCCUCAGGGAAAAUGGCUGCCAUGCAGAGUGAGAUCAAGAUGGUGGAGAAACCAGAGAUAAAGAAGGAGGAACCUGACAGUGAUGACUGUAAGACGGAGCCGAUGGAAACGCUGACCGGGUCGACGGUUGAGGACAAGAAGCCGGAGGUGAAGAUUGAGCCCAAAGAGGAAGAGGGAGCAAACAGCACCCCAGCAAACACUCAAAGCAAGAAGAAAGUCUUUAAGCCAGAUGAGCUCCGGCAGGCUUUAAUGCCCACUUUGGAGGCUCUGUACAGACAGGACCCCGAGUCGCUGCCAUUCCGGCAGCCGGUGGACCCCCAGUUACUGGGAAUACCCGUACGUAUUCGAACUAGUAACAAAACUAACCUGGACUACUUUGACAUAGUGAAAAACCCGAUGGACUUGUCAACUAUCAAGCGCAAGCUGGACACGGGUCAGUACCAGGAACCCUGGCAGUAUGUGGACGACGUGUGGUUGAUGUUUAAUAACGCCUGGCUGUAUAACCGGAAGACGUCACGGGUGUAUAAAUACUGCUCCAAACUCGCAGAGGUCUUUGAACAGGAAAUCGACCCUGUUAUGCAGGAGAUGGGCUACUGCUGCGGAAGAAAGCUGGAAUUUUCUCCUCAGACUCUGUGUUGCUAUGGCAAACAGUUGUGUACUAUCCCUCGAGACGCUGCAUACUUCAGUUACCAGAACAGGUACCACUUCUGUGAGAAGUGUUUCAACGAAAUCCAAGGGGAGAAUGUAUCCCUGGGAGAUGAUCCAACGCAGCCUCAAACGUCCAUCAACAAAGACCAGUUUCAACGAAAGAAGAACGACACUCUGGACCCUGAAUUGCUGAUGGAAUGUACGGACUGCGGCCGAAAAAUGCAUCAGAUAUGUGUCCUUCACAAUGAAACAAUAUGGCCGACGGGUUUUGUGUGUGACGGUUGUCUGAAAAAAGCCAAUGCAACCAGGAAAGAGAACAAAUAUGCUGCAAAGAGGCUUCCUCAAACGAAGCUGGGUAACUUCUUGGAGACACGAGUGAACGAGUUCCUGAAGCGCCAGCCUCAUCCGGAAUCCGGUGAUGUCACUGUCCGUGUGGUGCAUGUCUCUGAUAAAGUGGUAGAGGUCAAACCUGGCAUGAAGUCUAGGUUUGUAGACAGCGGGGAGAUGUGUGAGUCCUUCCCAUACAGGACAAAAGCUAUGUUUGCAUUUGAGGAGAUUGAUGGAACUGAAGUCUGCUUCUUUGGAAUGCAUGUGCAGGAGUACGGUUCUGACUGCCCUCCACCCAACCAAAGACGUGUCUACAUCUCCUACCUGGACAGCGUGCACUUUUUCCAGCCUCGUCACCUAAGGACGGGAGUUUAUCAUGAGAUCCUCAUUGGAUACUUGGAAUAUGUUAAGAGAAUGGGGUUCGUCACUGGUCACAUUUGGGCUUGCCCACCAAGUGAAGGCGACGACUACAUCUUCCACUGCCAUCCGUCCGAUCAGAAGAUCCCCAAACCCAAACGCUUGCAGGAGUGGUACAAGAAGAUGCUUGACAAAGCAGUAGCAGAAAGAAUUAUACACGACUAUAAGGACAUUUUUAAACAGGCAACAGAGGACCGCCUGACCAGUGCGAAGGAGCUCCCGUACUUUGAAGGUGAUUUUUGGCCUAAUGUGUUGGAGGAGAGCAUUAAAGAGCUGGAGCAGGAGGAGGAAGAACGGAAGAGAGAGGAGAACAACACUUCUAGUGAAAGCAUUGAUGCAACCAGCGGUGACAGCAAAAAUGCCAAAAAGAAAAACAGCAAGAAGACUAGCAAGAACAAGAGCAGCCUUAGCCGAGCCAAUAAAAAGAAACCAGGCAUGCCAAAUGUCUCCAAUGAUCUCUCCCAGAAGCUCUAUGCCUCCAUGGAGAAACACAAAGAGGUCUUCUUUGUCAUCCGUCUUAUCGCUGGCCCCGCUGCCAAUUCUCUUCCACCCAUUUCGGAUGCUGACCCUCUGAUGGCCUGUGACCUAAUGGACGGGCGAGAUGCUUUCCUAACCCUUGCGCGUGACAAACACCUAGAAUUCAGCUCUUUGCGGCGGGCAAAAUGGAGCUCCAUGUGUAUGCUGGUAGAACUUCACAAUCAGAGCCAGGACCGAUUUGUCUACACCUGCAAUGAAUGCAAGCACCAUGUCGAGACACGCUUCCACUGUACAGUUUGCGAGGAUUAUGAUCUUUGCAUCACUUGCUACAACACUAAGGGGCAUGAGCACAAGAUGGAAAAACUUGGUCUCGGUCUUGACGAUGAGAGCAACAAUCCAGCUGCAGCUUCCAAUCAGAACCCCGGCGACUCAAGACGUCUCAGCAUCCAACGCUGCAUUCAGUCGCUGGUGCAUGCCUGUCAGUGCCGCAAUGCCAACUGCUCAUUGCCGUCCUGCCAGAAGAUGAAGAGAGUGGUGCAACAUACAAAGGGCUGCAAGCGCAAGACCAAUGGUGGUUGUCCAAUCUGCAAACAGCUCAUUGCUCUAUGCUGCUAUCACGCCAAACACUGCCAGGAAAACAAGUGUCCUGUGCCCUUCUGUCUCAACAUCAAGCACAAGCUUCGUCAGCAGCAGUUGCAGCACAGACUUCAGCAAGCGCAAAUGCUGCGUAGACGUAUGGCCACAAUGCAACGGGCAGGCCAGCCACCACCAUGUGGAGGUGGGCCUCCUGGAAGUCUUCCCUCACCAGGUAACAAUGGAGCAACCGGUCCUAGCACACCUACGUCUGUCGGAACACAGCCUGCAACUCCUCAAACACCUACGCAGCUGACGCCGAACCAUCCAUCUAUGCCCCAGCCUGGUGUGGGUGGAGUCCAAGCCGGAACUCCCCAGCAGCCUCAACAGCAUCCUACCCACCACCAGUUUCAACAGAUGCAAGGUGCAAGCGGGAUGAUGACCUCACCGCAACAGCAAAUGGUUCCCAUGCCCCAGCAACAGGCAGGACAACUUCCACAUCCACACACUCAAUAUGGUCCUCAUUCCACAGGUCCCUCCCCAAAUCCACAGUCCCAGGGUAAACCAGGCCUUGGGCCUGCGACUCCUCCGCAACUCCCUAGCAACCCAGGCUCAGCACCAAUGUCCCAACAACAGCAGCCCACAGGUCCCCCGGCUGCAGCUGUAGAGAUAGCCAUGAAGAUCCAGCAAGUGGCAGACGCACAGAGGAAGAUGGCACAUGUUCAGUUGCUGCAAAGGCAGGCUGCGCAAGCUGGGAUGAUACCCCAGCACCCACACCAUCAGCAACCACAAGGACAGAUGGGAGUAACCCACCCUGGAAUGGGCAUGGUUGGGGCACAAGGGUUAGCCCAGCAGUCACAGACGCCAGCGAACAGGGCGCAGAUGGAACAACAGCAACCGCAAGGACCUCAGGGAAUGAUGUUGGGAGCUGGGGCCAUGCAGCAGCAAGCUCAACAGGCAAGUGUUCAAGGCCAGAUGGCACCACAGAUGCUGCAGCAGAGAAUGAACCCACAACUCCAGCCUCAGCAGCAGCAGUGGGCAGGGCAGGGAAUGCAACCCCAGCCGAGACCUGCCAUGAUGGGUCAGCCAGGAAUGGUUGCAAUGCAGUCACAGCAACCACCACAGCAACAACAACAACCACCACCACAACAGCAACAAAUGCAGCAACAGCAGCAACAACCACAAAUUCCAAAUCGAAAUGCCUUGAUGAGUAUGGUGCAGGCUGGUCUGCAAAGUGGUAUAGCAAGUGGAGCAGCCGCUGGAAACCUGCCCCAGGGAGCCCUCCAGGAAUUAUUGAGGACCCUGAGAUCUCCAAGCUCUCCUUUGCAACAGCAGCAAGUACUCAACAUUCUUCGUUCUAACCCACAACUAAUGGCGGCGUUUAUCAAGCAACGGGUUCACAAGUAUAAAGGAGGCACAGGUGGUCCUCCUGGACCACAGGGAGGGCCAGGACCUAUGGGAGGCCAACAUGUUGGUGUCAAUAGUGGGAUGCCUCAGUCUGGCAUGCACAUUGGGCAGGGUGUUAAUAUGCAGACCCAACUUACUCAACUCCAACAGCAGCAGCAAAUACAACAGCAGCAGCAACAACAGAUGCAACAGCAGCAGCAAAUACAACAGCAGCAGCAAAUACAACAGCAGCAGCAACAACAGAUGCAACAGCAGCAACAGAUGCAACAGCAGCAAAUGCAACAGCGGCCCCUGUUGCAACAGCAAGUCACUGCCUUACAGCAGCAGCAACAACAACAACAACAACAGCAACAACAAGGAAUUCAAGGCCAGGGAGCUCCAAAUAUGGCUAACAUGAAUCCACAGUUCAGAGAGCUAUUAUUGAGAAGGCAACUACAUUUGCAGCAACAGCAGCAGCAGCAACAACAACAACAACAGCAGCAGCAGCAGCAACAACAACAACAACAGCAGCAACAACAACAGCAGCAACAAAUGGCCAAUCACGCUCCAUUUCAACAACAGCAAGGUUACAUGGGUCAGCAAGGUAACAUGCAAAUUCCUCCAGGAGGCCAGUCAUUACCAGGGGUGCAACCUGGCCAGCAGCAGAAUUUUUCAGGCAACCAUGCACAACAGCAAGCUGCAGUCACCUUGCAACAGAGGCUUCAACAGCAACACCAGUUACACAUGCAACAGCAGCAAAAUGCGGCAUCACAAGGUCCUGACAUGGGGCCAGGAGGAGGUCCACAGCCCACACAGGUAGGCCCUGGGCCUCAGACGUCACAGGCACUAUUACAGCAGGCCUUGCAUCAGCGCAUGCUUCAACAGCAGCAACAUCUCAGUGGUGCCUCGUCGGCCCAGCAAAACAAUCCCAUGAGCCCGCAGCAACAGAUGUCUCAAUCGCCACACCUCCAGGGUCAACAGCUCCCAAACUCUCUUAGCAGCCAGGUCUGUUCCCCUCAGCCCUCCCCAAGACCCCAGUCGCAGCCACCACACUCGAGUCCGUCCCCACGGUUACAACCGCAGCCCUCGCCCCACCGUAUCUCGCCUCAGACCCAGACGGGUUCUCCACAUCCCAGCCACCUUCAGCAGCACCACUCGGGCAGGGCACCGCCUCCUCCACCUUCCCAACAGUCACAGCACAACUCUAAGGACCCAAGUGGAUUUGGGGCCGAACAGAAUGCAAUGCUAUCCCAGCUCAGUGGCAUGGCGGGACUCCAUGGACCUGGAGCGAAUGAUAUGCUUCCAUCAAGUGGCAAGGACCUUGGCAUGACCAUGAAUCACAACCCUUUAGACAUAUAGUUAUGAUAAAAUUCACUAAACCUAAACCAGGUACAGUGUUAGCUUUUUAUACUCCAGGGAUGAAUUUAGCAUUUUUCAGUAUAAAUGAAUAAAAAAUGGACCCUCUCGUGAGAAAUAGCGAAUAUUAAACAAGUGUUUGGGUGAAUCAGAAGUUGUUUUUUUAUGCCAGUUGUGUACAAAGAAAAUUGUUUCUCAGCCACAAGUAAUAUUUUCGAUGUCAGGUCCAGGGAAGUCUUUUCCUUUUCCAAGAGGUAUUUUUUAAGAUUUUAGAAGUGGUAUAAAAUUUAAGCGCAAAUGAUUUUUUAUAUUGUUUCACCAUGUACCAGUCUCUGUUAUGUUUUACAGCUUAAUGUGGGACAUUUCAAACGUUGUGAUGCCUAUUUUGUUAUUAUAAUUAUCUAAACAUCAUGCAUAUUUCCUUGUAAAUUUUGAGUUCUGCAUUUUAUUUAUUCAACCUUUUUCAUGUUAUGAUCAGGAUUUUGUUUGUGCGUGUUCCCAGAGACUGCUACAGUUCACAUAGAAUAUAUUUUUGUUAAUACCUAUUAAAUUGGGGAGUUAUUCCUUUUGGAAAUGUAGGUUAUUAAGUAUAAUAUAAAUUACAGUGUUGAGGGAUUGGGUUUGUGUGUAUGCUCUGCUGCCCAAUGGAUUUUAUCUCAUGCCAUAUUGGAAAUGCCUAACCAUUGGACAUCACUGCUUCAGAAACGGAACAAGUUGUUGGAUGGACAAACACCCGCCCUCAGAAUGUGUGCACUCCUUAAAAGACUUCAGGAUAGUGGAGGUGUGUCUGUACAGUUUGGAUGCGAGAGUUGUGUGUGUGUGUGUAUGUAUGUGUGUAUGUCAGUUGUGUUGCUGGAGUUUAUCUGCUCUUGCCAAUGUCCUAUUGAACAGCGUUUCACAUAUGAACUGUCUGACAGUGAAACGUUGGAAAAGGAGUGUGCCACUUUGUUUUCGUACUUUUCUCUCCAGCUCCACAAAUUUUCCUGUACUUCUGGAAUUUUCUUUGCUCUGAACUUUGGGAGAUUCAUUUGAAUAUUUUGUACUGUACAAAGGAAACACAAACUGUGGACUUCAAUUUUUUUUAAUAAAAUUAAGAUAACAAUUUU